GGUUUUUGGAAUUGGUCGACUUGUUUUCUCACUUUUCUUGGUCUAGCUAGAGCUAUGGCGGAUAAUGAAGAGAAAUCCCUCACCGCUGAGUCAUCAUCAACCUCGGCUAAACCAUCAGUCGCCGGCGAAAACAGAGAGCCCAUAACGGAGAAGAAAAAGUGCGGCGAUGUUGAGGAAGUAAGCGUAGCAACGGAGCUUAAUCGUUUGAGCAUUAAGGAGGAAGAGAAACGUGACUCUGUGCUUCACGAACCCGAAGAUUCAAAUAUCGAAGCGGUUAUUUCUGGUGACACAGUGUAUACAUCAGCAAGUAGGUUUGAGGAUUUGAACUUAUCACCUGAAUUGAUAAAAGGCUUGUACGUGGAGAUGAGAUUCGAAAAGCCGAGCAAGAUCCAAGCAAUCACUUUGCCCAUGAUCAUGACUCCACCUUACAAGCAUCUUAUUGCCCAAUCCCAUAACGGAUCAGGCAAGACUACAUGUUUCGUGCUUGGAAUGUUGAGCCGGGUUGACCCCACACUGAGCAAGACUCAAGCCCUUUGCAUUUGUCCCACCAGAGAAUUAGCAAACCAGAAUAUGGAAGUCCUUCAGAAGAUGGGCAAGUUCACUGGGAUCACUGCUCAAGUGUUUGUGCCAACAGGCGUACCAGUCGCCAAACAAGCUCCUGUUUCUCCCCAUGUGGCUGUUGGCACCCCUGGAACACUUAAGAAGUGGAUGACAUAUGAGAAACUAGAUCUAAGUCAUUUGAAGAUUCUGGUUUUUGAUGAGGCUGACCACAUGCUUGCUACGGAUGGUUUCAAGGAUGAUUCCUUGAAGAUAAUGAAAGACAUUGAGUACCAAAAGAAAAAAAAGAAUCUUGAUACCAGUUUCCAGGUCCUUCUUUUCUCUGCAACUUUUAACGAAACCGUCAGGAAAUUUGUUGAGAAAAUAGUCAAGGGUGACCCCAACAAACUGUUUGUAGAAAGAAAGGCUCUGACUUUGGACUCAGUGAAGCAGUAUAAAGUGGUUUGCCCGGAGGAACAAAACAAGAUUGAAGUCAUCAAGGAUCAGAUUAUGGAGCUUGGGGAUAUUGGCCAGACCAUUAUAUUUGUGGAAACAAAAGUGUCAGCGGACAAACUGCACAAAGCUCUUGCAGAAAUGGGGUAUGAUGUCACCAGCAUUCAUGGUAGUAUGACAGUAGCGGACAGAGAUACAGUAGUGAAGGAGUUCAAAGCAAACCUAACUCAAGUUCUCAUUGCAACCGAUGUCAUUGCAAGAGGUUUUGACCAAAAGCAGGUGAAUUUGGUUGUCAAUUAUAAUCUGCCCUGUACUUAUAACACCGAGGAGCCAAAUUAUGAGGUUUACCUUCACAGAGUGGGAAGGGCUGGCCGGUUUGGCGGUAAAGGAGCGGUAUUCAAUCUGUUGUUAGAUGAUGGGUGGGAUAAAGAAGCCAUGGAGAAGAUCGAGAAGUACUUUGGAGCAAAUGUUAAGGAGAUAACCACUUGGAACUCAGAGGAAGAGUACAAAGGCGCUCUAAAGGAAGCUGGCAUCCUCGGAUGAAAACUAUUUCCUUAACUUUCAUUCUGUUACUAGUAUGUAUUUAGUUUCAUGGUAUACAUUUUAAAAACAAACAAAAAUAUAUUCAUAUUAUGUUGUAAGUAAUAUUUAAGAAGUAUAUUCAAA